CCGGCCCCCCCCUGUACCGCUACGGCUCCCGCCUCCCUUCCGGCGGCGGCUCCUUCUCCGCGCCGGGGGCGGACGGGGCGCACCGGAGCCGCGCCGAGCCAGCCAGGCCCUGCUCUCCCUGCGAUGCCCAGCCACCCCCACGAGGUCCCUGUCCCCUGCGUUAGGUGCUGAAGCAGCAGGCUCCCGGUGCUGCACACACCAAGGUGGCCCAGGUCAGCAAGCCCGGAGAGCGGUGGAUGAGCGCUGGGCACCGGCCUAGCCACACGCACACACCGGCACCAUGGACUUCGUCAUGAAGCAAGCGCUGGGCGGGGCCACCAAGGACAUGGGGAAGAUGCUGGGGGGCGAGGAGGAGAAGGAUCCCGACGCGCAGAAGAAGGAGGAGGAGAGGCAGGAAGCCCUGCGCCAGCAGGAGGAGGAGCGGAAAGCCAAGCACGCCCGCAUGGAAGCGGAGCGGGAGAAAGUCCGGCAGCAGAUCCGUGACAAGUACGGGCUGAAGAAGAAGGAGGAGAAGGAAGCAGAGGAGAAAGCUGCUCUGGAGCAGCCGUGUGAGGGCAGCCUGACGCGCCCCAAGAAGGCGAUCCCGGCAGGCUGUGGGGACGAGGAAGAGGAGGAGGAGGAGAGCAUCCUGGACACCGUCCUCAAGUACCUGCCCGGCCCACUGCAGGAUAUGUUCAAGAAGUAACAGCACCGUCAACCCUGCCAUAGGGUGCUGGGGCACGGGCGCCCUCUCUCCUACAACUCCUCCAUCAGUUCCCUUGGCCCCGGAGAGGGGGUCCCCACACCCCCUCCCGUCCCCUCCUGCCCUGUCCCCCGACCAGACCAAAAGCCCGCCCCGUCCCGUCCAGGCAGGGCCCCCCCACCACGCCAAAGGGGAGCAGCCCUGGCCGGACAGGGCGAACCGGGACCAAAUGCACUGAUGUAACCUCGCGGCAGGCGAGGGGCACCCAGGCCCUAACGGGCACCCUCGUGCCCCCUGCCCUGCCCCUUCUCUUCUCCCAGGGGACCCCAGGAGGCCUCUGCUCGCCUGCCCCCGUCCCCAACACUGCCAUCCCCCUGCCCCCUCCCGCCCUGGGCCAAGCCCGAAGCACAAAGCCAGGCGCCCUGCCCGCAGCUCCCCCAGCCCCGGUCGUCGGGCACGGGGGUCCCCCGGGGCUGCCCGGUGUGCUCCUGCAUCGGGGGGUUGGAGGGGACCCCCCUCCCCGCAUCUCUGGCCCCAUAGUUAAAGCCAUAUCAGUUAGACUGCAAUACUUCAGCACCGGGAGCAGCGGGCGCCGCGCUCCGCCAACCGUGUACAAAGGCACGCGCGGGGCAGGGGCCCCCCUGCCCCGUCCCCGUCCCCGCCGCUCGCUCGUCCGUGUCUUGGCCCCGCUGGCCCCCGUCCUCGCAUUAGUGUCUCCGUGCCAGGGUGCGCCCCGUCGCUCCGUGCGUCCUCGUGUCCGCUGCUCUGACUCCCAGCCCGC